AAACACACACACACACAAUACAACACUCACGCUUCCUCCUGUUCCUACUUGUGCGUUUCCACUGUCAUUAGACAGUAGACACCGUUCACAGCAAUCACAGUUACUGGGAAUCUUUCUACUCAAGCCUCUAAGAUUCGUUGGUUCCACCAUGGAGGAACAAAUCCCAUUUAAGAAUCUCCAUAACAGAGAGUAUUCGGGUCACAAGAAGAAGGUGCACUCCGUGGCUUGGAAUUGCAUUGGCACAAAACUUGCUUCUGGUUCUGUGGAUCAAACUGCGCGAAUAUGGCAUAUUGAGCCACAUGGGCAUGGCAAGGUCAAAGAUAUUGAAUUGAAAGGUCACACUGAUAGUGUCGAUCAGCUAUGCUGGGACCCCAAACAUGCUGAUUUGAUUGCAACUGCAUCGGGUGACAAGACUGUUCGUUUGUGGGAUGCUCGAAGUGGAAAAUGCUCUCAACAGGCAGAACUUAGUGGAGAGAAUAUCAACAUCACUUACAAACCUGAUGGGACUCAUGUAGCUGUUGGUAACAGGGAUGAUGAAUUAACAAUAUUGGAUGUUCGGAAGUUCAAACCAAUUCAUAGGCGCAAGUUCAAUUAUGAGGUAAAUGAGAUUGCUUGGAACAUGACGGGUGAGAUGUUCUUUCUAACAACAGGAAAUGGGACUGUGGAAGUACUUUCUUACCCAUCUCUUCGACCUCUUGACACUCUCAUGGCUCAUACAGCUGGUUGUUAUUGCAUCGCAAUUGAUCCAGUAGGAAGAUAUUUUGCUGUUGGAAGUGCUGAUUCCCUUGUCAGUCUGUGGGAUAUCUCAGAGAUGCUCUGCGUGCGUACCUUCACAAAGCUGGAAUGGCCUGUCCGGACAAUUGGCUUCAAUUACACUGGAGAUUUUAUUGCUUCUGCAAGUGAAGACUUGUUCAUUGAUAUUUCAAAUGUUCAUACUGGAAGAACAGUGCAUCAAAUUCCUUGUAGGGCUGCUAUGAACAGUGUUGAGUGGAAUCCUAAAUACAAUUUACUUGCAUAUGCUGGUGAUGACAAAAACAAGCAUCAGGCUGAUGAAGGUGUUUUUCGCAUUUUUGGUUUUAAAAAUGCUUAGUAUUUGGCAGAGGCACCGUUUUUACUGGUAUUUGAGAAUGCAAACAAAGAGCCUGAUGAGGUUGAUUUGUAAUCUGAAUGAAUCAGAUUAUUAUGUAAUAAUCUUUGGAACAAGGGGCAUUCACGGACAUGAAUAGAAUCGAAAGGAUUUUUUUUUUCUUCCAUUCUUUUUAGUAAUUAGUAUGGAAAAAUGAGAUCUUUUUAAGAAAUUUUGUAUGUUAUACAAGUUGUGACCACAAUUUGUUAAUAGAUUUAGACAUCCUUCUUUCUUUUCUUUCUUUUUUUUUACACACCGCUCUCCAAUUAGAAUGGAGUUCACUUUGGUAAUUAAUGUGUGCAUUAAAUGACAACACA